AACUUCACUUAUUCAAAAUGGAUUUGAUUUAUCAUCAUCACCACCUCGAGCCACUUUUAAUUAUCCAUCUUUCGUUCUUAAAUUAAAAGAAAUUGAUGUCAAUGAUUUAUUAUGUCAAUUGGCCAAAAAAGUACCAGAAUCAUUUGAAACUAUUGAAAUUAGAAUGGGAACAUUUAGUGCUGAUAGUUUAAGAAACUUUUUUGAAGGGUGGCGUUGUAAAGGAAGAGGAGAGAAUAAAGGCUUAUUGUAA